AUGGCUGCUGGUGGAUCAUACACUAUAGUGGAAUAUUUGGGGGGUGACGGUGGGCACCGGUGUGGUUAUUGUAAAAGCGAAAAUGGCAACUUGUCAGACGGUAUGUGGGCCCAUUCAAUGACAGUUCAGGACUACCAAGAUCUCAUCGACAGAGGAUGGAGAAGAAGUGGCAAGUAUGUUUACAAGCCUGUCAUGAACAAGACCUGCUGUCCACAAUACACAAUCAGAUGCCACGCCUUAAACUUCCAGCCUACAAAAACGCAUAAGAAAAUCUUAAAGAAGAUAAUGAAGUUUCUGUCUGAAGGAGAAAAGCCAGCUGGCCAAUGUGAUACUGGAUGUGAUGGUGAAACCAUGUUAGAAAAGGGAGGAGAUGGUUCAUCAAUGGAUCCUGUGAAAAUUCAGCACUCUCAGGUGGAGCGUCCCAUUAUUUCCAUCAGCCCUGAGAAGGACAUGGACACCAACUCAGCAGCAUCAGAGACUUCAGGAAAAGAACCAGCAUCUUCUUCUCCAGCAGUGAAGAGCCCACGACUUGCUCCCAAACCAGGAGUGGGGGCAGACCGGAGCCGGCCUCCGAGCCGAAAAGCAAAGGAUAUCCGGAAGGAGCGGCGACUACAAAAGGAGCAACAGAGGAAGCAGGUUGAAAGCAAUACAAAUGUAACUCCAGUUCAGCCAACCCCAACAUUUAAUCAGCCCAAAACCAUAGAGGAAUUUAUCGGUGACUCCCUGCCUGAUGACCUUCUACAUCGCUUAGAGGUGAGGGUAGUGCGCUCCGCGCCGCCCAGUCCACAGUUCAAAGCUUCUUUCGACGCUUCUUACCAAGUGUACAAACUCUACCAGAUGGUUAUUCAUCACGACCCACCUGAUAAGCCUAGUGAAAGCCAGGUGAGGCUAGUGCCAGUCAGCUUUGAGGACCCUGACUUCUUGGCAUCCUACAAGCAGUCAGCAGAGCUGUUUGCCUGUUACCAGAUGGCCAUUCAUGGCGACCAUUCAUUUGAAUGUGAUGAGAAUCAGUUUAAGAGGUUCCUCUGUGACUCACCACUAGAGGCCGAGAGAUCUCCUGAUGGACCUGAUAUGGGCUAUGGCUCUUUUCACCAGCAGUACUGGCUUGAUGGGCGGAUCGUGGCAGUUGGUGUUAUCGACAUUCUGCCAAAUUGUGUCUCCUCUGUCUACCUCUAUUACCACCCAGACUUUUCCUUCCUUUCACUGGGCACCUACUCUGCUCUCAGGGAGAUAGCCUUCACAAGGCAUUUACACAAGCAGUCGCCCAAGCUUUCCCUAUACUACCUGGGCUUUUACAUCCACUCGUGUCCCAAGAUGCGCUACAAGGGUCAGUACCUGCCUUCGGAACUUCUGUGCCCAGAGACGUACAUGUGGGUUCCCAUUGAAAGAUGCAUCCCUCACCUAGAGACAUCUGCCUACGCCCACUUAAAUGAGGACUGCAGAGCAGGUGAUGCUUGUGCUCUUAAAGAUCUGGGCAAGGUUCUGGUGCUGCACAGGAAGACGGUCAUGCCCUACGCUGCCUAUGCUCGUAAGCGAAAGGGCUCCAGUGAUGAGAAACAGGUGGAGCAGUAUGCACGGCUGGUGGGUCAGACCUGUGCAGAGAGGAUUCUACUCUUUCGAUCCUAGACUACUAUCUCACCAGUCUGCUUAGUUUCACCGUCUAAAAAUGUGUCUAGUCAUAUUAAUUUGGCUUUCAUUACACAGUCAAUUUCUUCA